UCGCGAUGGCCUCCCGAGGCGAGCGUAGGGAAAAGCCGAGAGGGCGCGACUGCGCUCGGGUGAGGGCGCGCGCCUGAUUCGGCCGUUGGGCGGCUCGGAACGGCAACCGCGGUGAGCGUCGGCCGUCUGAGGCAACCGCGUGAUUGCGGAGGCGGCGGCGGCGGAAGCUCCGUGCCCGGGAGCCACGCAAGCCCAGACUGGCGCUCCGUUUUCUGCAGACCCGGCGCCGGGGGCCUGCAAACGCUGCCCCUUCGGGUCCUUCUGAGGGCUGCCGCCACCCUCUCGGUGGCUUCGUCGGACUGGCGGCGCAACAACACAGACUCUUUGGGCGCGGACUCGGAGACUGCAGAAACGACCCUUUGUCCGGGACAGUAACGUGGCCGCUUCCUUCUAUCGCAGUCCUUCCCGUGGGACACGGCACGGCAGGGCGGUGCGAGCGGCACCAGAUCCCCUCCUGUGAGGUUUUGUGCGGAUCUUGAUAAGGGUCUCGUGAAAAAGACUCGCCGUUUCCUCUUGUCGUCCAGAGUUCGUCGUGCGGUGCGUUGUACAGUUUUGGAUAUAAUUUGAUGGUAGAACAUGGGAGAAAUAGAAGGCACUUACAGAGUACUACAGACUCCAGGUUCUCGUUUGGGAGUUCAGAAAAACACUGGAGUAAGCACGCUGGAACCAGGACAAAACUUCUCCACAGCUGUGUCUUCAAUGCCUUCUAAAAGUCACGACAGGUCCGUACAGCUCAAGAUAAAGCUUUUGGAUAACACAGAGGAGAUAUUUGAUAUUGAGUCAAAAUGUCUUGGUCAGAACCUGCUAACAGAGGUUUAUAAACAUUUAAAUUUGGUUGAAACGGACUACUUUGGAAUUGAGUUCCAGAACAUGCAGUCAUGUUGGAUUUGGCUUGAGCCUAUGAAACCCACCAUUAAACAGAUUCGAAGACCAAAGAAUGCAAUGAUUCGUCUAGCUGUAAAAUUCUUUCCUCCAGAUCCUGGUCAGUUGCAAGAAGAAUAUACCAGGUAUCUGUUUGCACUGCAGAUCAAGAGAGACCUAGUAGAGGAACGCCUUACAUGCAAUGACAACACAGCAACUCUCCUCAUUUCUCACCUUCUACAAUCGGAGAUUGGAGAUUUUGAUGAAACAGUGGACCGAGAACACCUUAAAAACAGUUUGUACUUUCCAAACCAGGACAGACUACAUGGAAAAAUACUUGAAUUUCACAGGAGACAUGUGGGUCAAACUCCUGCAGAAUCCGAUUUCCAGGUGCUUGAAAUAGCUCGGAAGCUGGAGAUGUAUGGUAUAAGAUUUUAUCUGGCAUCUGACCGUGAAGGGACAAAAAUUAAUUUGGCUGUUUCACACACAGGUGUGCUAGUAUUUCAGGGUAAUACAAAAAUCAAUACUUUCAACUGGUCCAAAGUUCGAAAAAUAAGCUUUAAAAGAAAACGCUUCCUUAUCAAGCUGCACCCAGAAGUGCAUGGUCCCUAUCAAGAUACUUUGGAGUUUCUUUUGGGCAGUAGGGAUGAGUGCAAGAAUUUCUGGAAAAUCUGUGUUGAGUAUCACACUUUCUUCAGGUUAUUUGAUCAGCCAAAACCAAAGGGCAAAGCAGUCUUCUUCAGCAGAGGAUCAUCUUUCAGAUACAGUGGGCGUACACAGAAACAGUUGGUGGAUUACGUUAAAGAAAGUGGGUUGAAAAAAAUUCCUUAUGAAAGGAGGCACAGCAAAACUAGAAUGUCUGCUCGUACCCUGAAUCCUGAUGCACCCAAACAGUGUCUCUCUUUUACAGAAGGAUCAAGAGCCCCUCUGCCUAAUGCAUGUACAUAUGCCUCCUUUCACUUGGAUAAUAUGCCAUCCACAAAUACUGCAAGUGUGCCCACUUUCACAGAGAGCAACCCUUUCUUUUUGGAACCCAGAAUAUCAAAUACAAGGAGCUCAACAGCAGAAGGAAAUAGUGGACCAUCAGAAGAAACUGGGAAGAAAGUAGCACAGCAACCUGGAUCACCAGUACUCCAGACAUUCCAAGGCCCUCAACUGUCAUCUUUCACAACAAAAAAUCCAAUAACCUUGAACCCUCCAUUUCAUGUGAAUAUGAACACAGCUGGUCAAGGCUCAUCUCCUCUUUUGAGCCCUGUCCUGAGCGAUGCCGGUGGCACCAGGACAGAAGAAGAGGAGGAAGCAAGACGCAAGCGAUAUCCAGUGGACAAAGCCUAUUUCAUUGCAAAAGAAAUUCUUGCUACCGAACGAACUUAUUUAAAAGAUCUUGAAGUCCUAACAGUAUGGUUCCGCAGUGUGGUUGUCAAGGAGAAUGCCAUGCCCGAAGGCCUUAUGACCUUAUUCUUCUCUAACAUAGACCCUAUUUAUGAAUUUCACAGAGGUUUUCUAAAAGAGCUGGAGCAGCGGCUAGCACUUUGGGAAGGACGCUCAAAUGCUCCCACAAAAGGAGAUUAUCAACGGAUUGGUGAUUUAAUGCGUAAAAAUAUGCAUACACUGAAGGAGCUUACCAUCUAUUUACAGAAACACGAUGAGGUCCUGACAGAGCUAGAGAAAGCAACUAAAUACAUAAAGAAAUUGGAAAUGGUAUAUAAGGAAUUUGAACUCCAGAAGGUUUGCUACUUGCCACUCAAUACUUUCCUGCUUAAACCAAUCCAGAGGUUAAUGCACUACAAGCUGGUCCUGGGGAGACUUUGCAAGCACUACACGGUAGAUCACCGGGACUACACUGACUGCAAGAAUGCACUGAAGGAUGUCACAGAAAUGACAUCACAGCUUCAAAACAGCCUCAUCCGCUUGGAGAAUUUCCAGAAGCUAACAGAGUUACAACAUGACUUGCUUGGCAUUGAUAACCUUGCAGCUUCUGGCAGAGAAUUUAUCAGGGAAGGCUGCUUAUACAAACUUACUAAAAAGGGUUUACAGCAGCGGAUGUUCUUUCUGUUUUCAGAUAUGUUGCUGUAUACAAGCAAAGGAGUCACAGGCACCAAUCAGUUCAAAAUUCAUGGGUAUCUUCCUCUACAUGGGAUGCUGCUAAUAGUGCUGGAUCCUCCGGUGGAAGAGAGUGAAAAUGAAUGGUCUGUCCCUCAUUGCUUCACAAUCUAUUCAGCUCAGAAAACUAUAGUUGUUGCAGCCAGCACUCGUCUAGAAAUGGGAAAAUGGAUGGAAGAUCUAAACAUGGCCAUUGAAAUGGCCAAGAAAUCCAGCGAGAAAUCAGAGAUGUCUCUGGACAAUUCCAUGUGCAACCGUUCCAACAGAUCCUCUGAUGAGGUUUCUCUAGAACAGGAGUCCGAAGAUGACAUACAUUCUUCUCGUAGCUCCCUGGACAGGCAGAACCACCACCGUGCCAACACUACCAUGCAUGUGUGCUGGUACCGCAACACCAGUGUCUCCAUGACAGAUCACAGUGUGGCCGUCGAGAACCAAUUAUCAGGAUACCUACUGAGGAAAUUCAAAAACAGUAAUGGUUGGCAGAAGCUGUGGGUUGUCUUUACAAACUUCUGCCUUUUCUUCUACAAAACUCACAAGGAUGAUUACCCACUGGCCAGUUUACCACUGCUUGGUUACACGGUUGGCAUCCCAGUGGAAGCAGAUGGCAUUCAGAAGGAUUAUGUCUUCAAGCUGCAGUUCAAGUCUCAUGUAUAUUUCUUCAGAGCUGAGAGCAAGUACACCUUUGAAAGGUGGAUGGAAGUAAUAAAGAGAGCUACAACUUCUCCUGGGAGAUCCAGCCUGUGCAUCCCAAAGGAUGAAAAGGAAAAAAACACAAACUGAAAAGAACAGAGCUGGGUCUCUGUUGAUGAUUAAUAGUUUUCAGCACGGAAGAAAGGAGGCAAGGGGUUGAAUUUGGCAGUAGUUAAAAAAAGGAAAACCUGUUACCUGCAAUGGCAAAGUUAGCCACCUGAUGGAAGGUGGUGAAUGGACUGCAGUGCAGAGAGCAGCCAUGUUGAAUAGAACUGCCAAGAAUGUGGUGAUGGUUCUUUCCAUUGAACAAAUGGCAGCUGCUGGAUUUCAAAGUUGGCACACCUCUUUUUUAAAACUUAAAAAGAUAGCAGUUGUUCGUUUUUCCUGACAGCAUCUGAAUGAUCUUAAGUUGUCUGUCUUUCUGGUGGUUUUCAAAUACUCUUCAUAAUUCUCAGCAAUAAUUGUGCAAUUUGCUACUCCCUCUAUCAGCCACAUACAACUCAAAUACCGCUGUCUGUGUUCACAUUAAUUGGGGAGUUCUACUCAAUGUAGAAGACUUGGAGCACUUCAAGAAAGAACCAGGUGGCAACUUGAUUGACCCUUCUUUUUCCAAAGCAAGACAAUACUUUUCUUUUCUCUGAGUAGGGGAGUCCACAAAUCAUUUGGCUGCAUGGGAGUCACGAAAUACAUUCACAGCUUGGAUGUUUGCAAAAUGCAGUUGUUCUAGUUAUGUCAAUUAUACUUGGUUUUAAAUUAACAUGGAACCUGCCUUGUAUGAUAGGCUCUUCAUGCUGUUUCCACUGCAUGCAUCAGUGUGCCCUUUAACAGGCGUGGGAAAAGGCCACUGAUUUGAAAAUGGGCAACUUUCAUCAACAGCUAUAUGUCAUGGUGUUCAUUGAAAGCAAUAUGAUGGUGCUUUAACCAAAGACAGUGUAAGGUGGAAAAUAAUAAAUGAUAUUGUGGAGCUUAAGAUAAAAUGAUGCAAGAUGUGGGGGGAAAUUCAGGUGCUAGUUGUGAAACUAAACCAAAAGUCUGUUAGAGAUAGGUCAAGCUUAGGUAGGGGUAAAGGGAAGAUUUCAUACUAUUGUGACAUUUUUACUGAAAUGUAUAAUGUGCUAAAUACUUGUUCUUUACUGUAAUGGUCAUUACUCUACAUAAGUUAUGUAUUUUUAUUUAUUAGCAGCUGUUUUUGAAAAUAAACUAUUGUAGAUUUAA